UGCCUGCUCAUCACACCUUCCACCUCCCUGACGAUCUCUGCUCGCAGCGCUGCAGCGCGUUUCUCGGAAACAGCGUCAGAGUGAGAGCUCUGUCUCCGCCUCCUCCUCCUCCUCCUCCUCUGCGCUUGCCCUCCUCUCUGAGUUAGCCGCUCCGUCUCCUCCGCUAGCGUUAGCAUUAGCCUGCCCCUGGUAGCAGCCCGGGCGAACAUGGCCAUGUCGCAGGCUCUGUCAGAGGAGGAGUUCCAUCGGAUGCAGGCUCAGCUGUUGGAGCUGCGGACUCAGAACUAUCAGCUGUCUGAUGAUCUCAGGAAGAACACCACAGAGCUGAACGCAGUCCGUCAGAAGAAUGUUGUUCUGGAAAGAGAUUUUGUCAAAGCACAGAAGGCUCUGAAUAAGAGCAAGAAAGCUCAGGAGGUGGAAGCUCUGCUGAGCGAGAACGAGAUGCUUCAAGGGAAACUUCACAGUCAGGAGGAAGAUUUCAGACUCCAGAACAGCACGUUGAUGACUGAACUCUCCAAGCUGUGUACACAGAUUGAACAGCUGGAACAGGAGAACAAGGAGCUGAAGGAGGGAGGAGGAGCCUCUGCAAACCCUGCUCCUCCAAACCCCGCCUCCAGUCCUGUUGAUGGAGAACUGCUCCGCCUCCAGGCUGAAAACUCCGCCCUCCAGAAGAAAAUGAAAGCCCUCCAGGAGCGCUAUGACAAAGAGCUGCCACAGAGACAGGGCAACCAAAACGCUACGUUGGAGACGGACGGGUCAGCCGGCGCCAACGGCGUCUCUGAUGUCACAGGGAGGGGGGAGGAGCCAGGAGCAGAGGGAACCAAUGAGAGACUGGAACAGACAGAGGCUCAGAUGCAGCAAACAGAGAAACAGCUCCAUGGCCUGUCAGAGAAGAGCGUAGAGAAGAUUGUAGCUAAGCAGGCAGCGCUAGGCUGGUCGGCUGCUCUCUGUCCAAUAACUCACUGCUUUGGACCAGAGCUGGAGAUGGCACUGAACACCGAGCAGGAGGAGAAGAGGCUGCUGAAGGAGCAGAUCCACAACCUGGAGGCAUCUAAACAGACUGAAAUCACCAAACUGCAGGAAGAGAUUACAAAGCUUUCUGACAAGUUGAAGAAGAAGCAGGAGAGUUUUCAGCGUCUGCAGGGAGAAAAGGAGGCUCUGUACAACGACAGCAGGACAAAGAUCGACGAGAUCAACCAGAGGAAAGAAGAGGAGCUGAAGACCUUAAACGUCCGCAUCCAGAAACUACAGUCAGACGUCAUGGCAGCCAAUCAGAUGUCAGCAGAGCUCAGAGAGCAGCUGCAGAGCAAAGAGAGGGAGCAUGAACUGGCUGUGCAUACUCUGAGAGACCAGGUAGCCAAUCAGAGUGCAGUCAGUCAGGAGCAGGUGGACAACAUCCUCCAAGAGAACGAUGCUCUGAGGACAAACCUAGCAGCUCUAGAACAGAUCCAGACGGUGAAAACGCAGGAGAUGAAUCUGAUGCGUGAGCAGCAGGAGGCGCUGACGAGCGAGCUGCAGCAGAGACGCGCUGAACAGGAGAGUCUGUUAGCUCAGAGAGACGACCUGGACUCCCAGCUGCAGGAGUCGAGUUUUGCAAACAGGAAGUUGUUGGAGCAGUUAACAGAAGAAGGACAAGAGAAGGAGAAACUGCAGAGAGACCUGGACGAGGCAAAGAAGACGGCAGAGAAGAGGAAGUCCAUGUUGGAUGACAUGGCCAUUCAGCUGAACCAGGAGAAGUCCGACCACAAGGAGGCGCUGUCAGACCUCAAACUGCAGCACGAGAAGGAGGUUCUUGGGGUGAGGGCUCGCUAUGAGAAGGAGCUCAGAGGACUCCAUGAAGAUAAGAAUCGCUCCGAGGAGGAGAUCAGACAGCAGCUAAGAGAUGAGAAGGCUCGUGCCAAAGAGCUGGAGGGGCUUCAGCCGAAGGUGGAGGAGCUACAGGCUCAGGUUCAGUCCAUGGAGGGAACCAAAGGAUGGUUCGAGAGACGACUCAAGGAGGCCGAGGAGAACAUCGAGAAGAACUCGCUGGAACAUCAGGAGGAGAUCAAACAGCUGCGGAAAGACCACGCACUUCAGCUGGAGGAGAAGCAGUCGGAGAUGGACGGACUGAAACAGCAGCUGGUGGAGGUGGAGAAACAGAGGGAAGAACACGGCGACACCAUUGAAAAACUCAAACAGGAGAUUAAGGACACUGUGGACGGUCAGAGGAUCUUAGAGAAGAAGGGAAGUGCAGCGCUGAAGGAUUUGAAGCGGCAGCUGCAGCUGGAGAGGAAGCGAGCGGACAAACUGCAGGAGCGACUUCAGGAGAUACUGACCAACAGCAAGACAAGGACAGGUCUGGAGGAACUGGUCCUCUCAGAGAUCAACAGUCCCAGUCGGACUCAGCAGACCGGAGACUCGUCCUCCGUCUCCUCCUUCUCCUACAGAGACAUGAUGAAGGAGGCUCAGCCGACCAGUCAGAACAAGUCCGGAGGAGGAAGUCCUCAGUCCCAGCGUCCGGCUGAAUUAUCUGACGACGAGGUCGGAGAGUUGUUCCAGCGUCUCGCUGAGGUUCAGCAGGAGAAGUGGAUGCUGGAGGAGAAGGUGAAACAUCUGGAGGUGAGCUGUUCGUCGAUGGCGGAGGACAUCUGCAGGAAGAGUGCCAUCAUAGAGACAUAUGUGAUGGACAGCCGUAUAGAUGUGUCGGGCGGCGCCAUCGGCGCUCACGGAGGCUCUCAGGGAGACAGAGGAGGUCUGGGCUCUGUCCUCAGAGACCUGGUGAAGCCAGGAGACGAGAAUCUGAGAGAGAUGAACAAGAAGCUGCAGAACAUGUUGGAGGAACAACUGACCAAGAACAUGCACCUGCAGAAGGACCUGGAGGUUUUGUCCCAGGAAUUAGUCCGUCUCAGUAAAGAGAGCAGUCCUGGAGGUGGUGCAGCUGGGUCGGGAUGAGACUAUCGCCUGAAUCUACCCGUCUGUUCCCUUUCCUCUCAAUGCUGUUGCUCUUCAAGGUGUGGGCUGGGCUCAGACUAACACCUGGGACCAGCAUUUCUUUCUUUCCCAAUCCCGAGUCUCAGAACUGCUGUGGGCUCGGACUACUUACUGGAGCUGUUAGGCGAACAAGUAAACACCUCAGUCUGUUGGGCCAUGACUAAAUGCUGGAAUGUGUUUAUGUGUCUCAAUGAAGAGAGAGAACAGUAAGAAACUAAAGACACAGAGGGAAUGGAAACAAGACGCGUUGGGUUCAGCUCAUUUAUGUUGCCGUUGAAUGUACUGUAAUUAGACUGCACCACUCUGUCGAGCCCUGGCUAUGACCUGGAAACCACAUUGUAACUGACUGCACGUUUUUGCUUUACCUGGUUUCUUCUGUCUCUUGGGUCCUGGCUAUGUUCUGGCAGCCUGAUAUCGCAACUGACUGAAUCAUGUUAUUGUUUUCAUUGUGCAGUAACUCUGUUGUGAUCUGGCUAUUUCCUGGGAUUCCUGUAAAAAAAAAUCUUUACACUU